CAAUGACCAUGGCAGGGGUCUUUCUCUCUCUCUCCGUUGUGGGCUUCACUUGCUUGUUCUUGUACCUCUACAAUCUCUUCUGGUGGAGGCCGCUGCAGCUCAGAAAGAAGCUUCAGGAUCAAGGAAUCAAUGGCCCUGCGCCGUCCUUUUUCUUUGGCAACACACCAGAAAUUAAGAAGAUUCAACUGGAAGCGCAAGCCACAAAGAAUCAACAAAGCAUCGGCAAUCGUGUCUCGCAUGAUUACAUGUCCCGCCUAUUUCCCCACAUAGAGAAGUGGAGAGCCGAGUUUGGUCCAGUGUUUUCGUUCACAAUGGGAAACAUGGUGAUCGUAUGCAUUUGCGACUUUGACAUGGUAAGGGAGUUCAGUCAGUGCAAGUCUACAGAAUUCGGAAGGCCCGAGUACCUGAGAGGCAGGGGAACUCUGUUGGGUUAUGACAGCAUCGUCACUGCGAAAGGGAACUCUUGGGAGACCCAGAGGAAGGUCAUAGCGCCAGAAUUCUUCAACGACAAAAUAAAGGGAAUGGUGGACAUGAUGGUUGAAUCCGCUGUCUCCGUGCUGGAAAAAUGGGAAUCUCAGAUGGAGGAAGCAGGGGGAGUUGCUUCAGUACGGGUCGACGAGGAUUUAAAAAGCAUCUCUGCUGAAAUGCUUUCAAAAGCAUGUUUUGGAAGCAAUUAUGUUAUUGGCAAUGAAAUUUUUUCCAAGAUGUUAGUGCUCCAGGAUUUGCUUAGCAGGCAGCGUGCUUUUGUUGGUCUUCCUGGGGUAAGGCAUAUUCCUACAAAGACUGCUCGUGGCAUUUUGAGGAUCGGAAAAGAAAUUGACCAAUCUGUUCUGAAGCUGAUGGACGAUGAUCACAAUGCCGACAAGGGGGGCUUCUUACAGGCCUUAGUCGACCAUUUCAACCAUGAAUCGAGCGUCAUCAUAGACAAUUGCAAGGGUGUGUUCCUCAGCGGACAUGAAACUACCGCCACCGCCGCUACCUUCGCUUUAGUACUUUUAGCACACUAUCCUGAGUGGCAGGAGCGUGUGCGGGCAGAGGUGGUAGAGAUCCUUGGAAAUCAAGCCCCGAGUAUGGAUAACCUGCACAAAAUGAAACUGUUAAGUAUGGUGAUUUAUGAAACAUUGCGCCUAUAUCCCCCUGUACCAUUCUUUCCGAGGGAAACGAUGGAGGAACUGAAGUUUGGGGACUUUUUGAUUCCGAAAGGCAUCAACAUCUGGCUCCCAAUCACCCUGUUGCAUCAGGAUCCGGCCAACUGGGGCGACGAUGCCCACGAGUUCCAUCCAGAAAGGUUUGAGAAUGGCAUUCCUUCGGCAUGCAAGCAUCCGAAUCUGUUCAUGCCUUUUGGGACGGGGAUACGAAACUGUGUUGGCCAGAAUUUCGGGAUGACAGAACUAAAGAUAGUUCUGUCAAUUGUGCUGUCUAAGUUCACUUUCUCUUUAUCCCCCGAGUACAAACACACAGUGACGUAUGGUCUGUUUUUUAAGCCUCAACAUGGGGUACAACUGAAGAUGGAGAAGAUCUGAGAUUGUCCAUCUCGUGUACGAAUGUUUCGUCUGUUGCA